UAUGCCCUCAGGAAGGCAGCACUAUGACCUUGAACCUGAACUCGUCCAGCUCUUCCCCCUCUGUAGACCCCAGUAUGUACCUGAACAACAGCUCCCCAGGGUUGAGGGUCUACGCCGACAACGCCAUCCUGGGCCUGGGCUUUGUGCUGGACAACGACUCCAUUACCAGGGACCUCACCAACCUGACCAGCCUGUCCAACGCCUCCCUCCUUGACCCCACGGUGACCUAUGACCCUCUGGGAGGUCACACCAUCUGGCAGGUCAUCCUGAUCGUAUUCCUCACCGGGUCUCUGUCUCUGGUCACCGUCGUAGGAAACAUCCUGGUGCUCAUCUCCUUCAAGGUGAACAAGCAGCUGAAGACGGUGAAUAACUACUAUCUCCUCAGUCUGGCCUUCGCUGACCUCAUCAUCGGGACUCUUUCCAUGAACCUCUACACUACCUACAUUAUCAUGGACCAAUGGGCUUUAGGGAACUGGGCGUGCGACCUGUGGUUGGCUAUCGACUACGUGGCGAGCAACGCCUCCGUCAUGAACCUGCUGGUGAUCAGCUUCGACCGCUACUUCUCCAUAACUCGACCUCUGACUUACCGGGCCAAGAGGACCACCAAGAGAGCUCUGACUAUGAUCAGCAUGGCCUGGUCCGUGUCCUUUGUCCUGUGGGCCCCGGCUAUACUCUUCUGGCAGUAUAUCGUAGGGGAGCGCACUGUGCCUCGUGGAGAAUGCUUUAUCCAGUUUCUCUCAGAGCCUAUUAUCACAUUCUGCACGGCCAUCGCUGCCUUCUACCUGCCGGUCACCAUCAUGACGGUUCUCUACUGGAGGAUCUACAGAGAGACAGAGAACAGGCAGAAGGACCUGGCAGGGUUGAGGGGGUCGGGGGCAGGGAACAAGGCGGGCCAGGGGGGUAGCCAGAAGGAUGAGGAGGAGAAGAAGGAGGAGGCCCAGGAAGAGGAGGCUCCCAUGGUGCCCAAAACAGGAAGCUCCAGGAGCUGCAGCAGUUACGAGCUUAACCAGGCCGGUCAGAAAGACUCUGGAGCCAAGAAGACCAGAGGGUGCUUCCGGUUCUGGCCGCUGAGUAGGUGGUCCAAGAAGAAGACAAUCACAGCGGGAGGAGAGCCGGAACACAGCAGCUCCGAUAGCUGGAACAACAACGAUGGGGGCGGGGCCUCCAUGGACCAAUCAGACUCUGAGGACGAGGAGGGGGCGACGGAGUCAAGCCGAGCUAUCUAUUCCAUCGUGGUCAACCUGCCGGGGAUAAACUCCGCCCCUGGUAACAACCCUAACAAUGACCCCCAGCUGAAAUCUCCUGAGGACCAGGAUGCUACGAAGGACCCUCUCCGGCCACAAAGGGGCGAUAAUAAGGACAAGAAGACAUCCUCUAAUACCAGAAGGGAGAAAGACAAGGAAGACAACAGCUACCACCAACGCUCCUUCUCUAAAACCCCCGUCACUUCCUCGUCUUCCAUCCAGACCUCCACCAAGAGCCACCAAACAGGGGAUGUGUCGUCCACCUCCAAGUCCCCCUCCUCGGCCCCCAUCUCCUUGAAGGAUGCAGCCAUGGCCAAGCGCUUCGCCUCCAAAGCCAAGACCCAGAUCACCAAGCGUAAGAAGCAGAGUGUAGUCAAGGAGAAGAAAGAGAAGAAGGCCGCUCAGACUCUCAGCGCCAUCCUGUUGGCUUUCAUCAUAACCUGGACUCCCUAUAACAUUAUGGUGUUGGUCAACACCUUCUGUACUGGCUGCAUCCCUGAGGCUCUGUGGGCUCUGGGCUAUUGGCUGUGUUACGUCAACAGCACCAUCAACCCCAUGUGUUACGCCAUGUGCAACCUCACCUUCAGGAACACCUUCAAGAUGAUUCUGCUCUGCCGUUGGCAGGACAUCAACAAACGCAACAAGCCUCAGUUCCAGCAGAGGCAGACGGUCGCCUUCCGCAAGAAGGAGCCCUUGUAGGUGUAAUCUACCGGGGCCCUGGGUCAGCUGUAUCGGGCCUCUCUGGGAUGAUUUAUACUAACAGGACAGUUGGCCAGGGAGAUGGACUGUACUUACGAGGCUUUCUCAACGAUGAAGAGAUAAUAUAAUAAUACAAAGACAAAUAGUAACACGACAAAUAAAAUACACAAUUAUUUUCAAUUAACUCUGCAUCUUUUUCAACUAUUUACUUUUUUCCCCCACAACGGACACCAGUUUGGCGCCAAAACAUUGACAACAAAGACAUAUUGACAUAGUAAAAUCAUUAAAAACUGUCAGGACACUUCAUGCUGAAUCCCUCAUAUUUAACAACAAUGGGAUUCACCAACUUGAUGGUUUAUAUUUAGAAUAACGUUUCACAGCUUUGUCCUUCUAUGUUUCAGAUCAUAUAUGUUGCAUGUGAUGAGGCCACACAGAUGACCAGGGAUAUUUAUACACGGAGGGAAGGGGAGAUUUGAUUAGAUUUGAUUUGAUGUUUAGGGCCUCCAACCCAAUGGAAUAUUUGGGACAUAUAAAAGGGCUGUCAAAUGUAUGACAUUAUCUGUGUUUCCAAGCCUGGUUUUAACUGAACUGUUGCUAUACAGUUACAGACCUUCAACAAUCAGACAGAACACGGUUACAGACCUUCAACAAUCAGACAGAACACGGUUACAGACCUUCAACAAUCACACAGAACACGGUUACAGACCUUCAACAAUCAGACAGAACACGGUUACAGACCUUCAACAAUCCUGCAGAACAUGGUUACAGACCUUCAACAAUCCUGCAGAACACGGUUACAGACCUUCAACAAUCCUACAGAACACGGUUACAGACCUUCAAAAAUCCUGCAGAACACGGUUACAGACCUUCAACAAUCCUACAGAACACGGUUACAGACCUUCAACAAUCCUACAGAACACGGUUACAGACCUUCAACAAUCCUGCAGAACACGGUUACAGACCUUCAACAAUCACACAGAACACGGUUACAGACCUUCAACAAUCACACAGAACACGGUUACAGACCUUGAACAAUCAGACAGAACACGGUUACAGACCUUCAACAAUCAGACAGAACACGGUUACAGACCUUCAACAAUCAGACAGAACACGGUUACAGACCUUCAACAAUCCUACAGAACACGGUUACAGACCUUCAUCAAUCCCACAGAACACGGUUACAGACCUUCAACAAUCCUACAGAACACGGUUGCCUUUCCAAUUGGCAGAUAGAUACAAUUAGGUGAAUCAGUGGACAUGUAAAGUUGCAGUACUUUGUAAAGUUGCAGUACUUUGUAAAGCUGCAGUACUUUAUAAAGCUGCAGUACUUUGUAAAGUUGCAGUACUUUGUAAAGCUGCAGUACUUUGUAAAGUUGCAGUACUUUGUAAAGGUGCAGUACUUUGUAAAGGUGCAGUACUUUGUAAAGCUGCAGCACUUUGUAAAGUUGCAGAACUUUGUAAAGCUGCAGUACUUUGCAAAUGUGCAGUACUUCAAUGUAAAGAUGCAGUACUUUGUAAAGUUGCAGUACUUUGUAAAGGUGCAGUACUUUGUAAAGCUGCAGUACUUUGCAAAUGUGCAGUACUUCAAUGUAAAGAUGCAGUACUUUGUUAAACUGCAGUACUUUCAUGUAAAGCUGCAGUACUUUCAUGUACAUUUGCUGUACUUUCAUGUACAUUUGCAGUACUUUAAUGUAAAUCUGCAGUACUUUCAUUCACAUUUGCAGUACUUAAAUAUACAUUUACAGUACUUUCAUGUACAUUUACAGUACUUUCAUGUAAAUCUCCAGUACUGUCAUGUAAAUCUGCAGUACUUUCCAAGUGUCUGUGAGUGGCUUUGCUACUCUACUCUUUUGAUUCCACCCGUUGAGUUCUGGUGAGUAGUGAACUACUUCCUGAGCCAGUAACCUUUUUCAUCCCAUGUUAUUUAAUGUGUUUAAUAUUCUGUGUGGUCGUCGGUGAUGAUUUUAACAACGUGUCGGUGACCAUUGUGGUGGUUGUAAUCGUUGCUCAAAGUGAGACAGUGUUGUUUGACAAAAGGGGGUUGCAAAAACACAGGUCACUUUCUAAGAAUUCUCAGGUUUUUUCCCUCCAAAAAAACAAAUCCUGGUAGGAAGAGUCCUGGAAACAGGAAGGAAUGCUGGAAUCCUCCAAUUGGGAUUUGUGGAAAACCUGGGAAUUAUGGGGGAAAGGUGCUGUAAUUUUGUAUCUCUUGUUGUAAAGCACAGGGCUGGUGUACAAGCUGCUUAUAUGAUCUAAAAUAACUGUGUGAUUAUGAGGUGAUAUUUACAUUGUGACUGUGUGGAUUCUUUAAAUUGAUGUUUAUGUAGAGUAUGAUGCAGUUCUAUGUUUAUAUAAAAUGCUUGUUAUAUAUUUUCUAUAAAAUAAUGUGUCCCCGGCCCAAGAUGUUCACGUGUAAACGACGAGGGACAACAUAAAUUGCAAUAACGUCAAAUGUAUGUUAUUAAAUAUGUUUUACCAUUGAGACAUAUUGACAACAAAAAAAUGGAUAUCCACAGGUCAUUCUGAUGAGUUUUUCCAUACAAGUCAUAUACCAUGAAUAAGAUUAAUGUGCCUAUGACUAUAAUGGUUACUAGCUAUGAAACAAGUAGAUCUGAGGUGAGAUGUGUUGUCUGUGGUUGUCUUUGGUAGGAAGGAGCUCACCGGGGAUCUGCACCUCAAAUGUUAUUAUGCUUGAGUUCCUCUUAUAGACUAAUAGCUCAAAAGUAUUUCAGAUUUCCACAAACAGUACCAGCACUCAAAAUGAAUAUUUCAGGCACCUAUUUCAGUCCAAGUCGAGCACUGAGGUGUUUUUCCUUUCCGACUGUUUCCAGGUGGAGAAUGUCAGUAAUCCAACAGCACCACCUAGUGGUAUAAAUGUAGUAUGACGUGGUACUGAACGGUUGGUUGGCUCAAACUCAGCGUGUCCAGAUGUCUAUCUGUGUAUCGGCUGGGUAUUGUACUUGAAGUGGUACCAUAUUAUUUAAGGAGUAACUGAUGUCGUCCUUAAAUUAGCCUGAAAUCCAGACCUGUUUUUGUGGUACCAUUCCACACCCUGUACUCCGCGUCUAUAUAUCUGGCAUGACACAGAGUGUGACGGAGUGGAAUGAUAAGACUCGUACAGACCGGUAUCCGGGCAACCGACAGACCGGUAUCCGGGCAACCACUUAAUAACAUGGUGCAGGUUUUUUGUCGCUUCGUUGAUGUGGUGCCGGGUGUUUCGGGAGGACACUUUUGUUGACAUGAUGACCUUCAUGGAUUUCACAAUGAGUUGACCAGGACACACAAUGAGUUGACCAGGACACACAAUGAGUUGACCAGGACACACAAUGAGUUGACCAGGACACACAAUGAGUUGACCAGGACACACAAUGAGUUGACCAGGACACACAAUGAGUUGACCAGGACACACAAUGAGUUGACCAGGACACACAAUGAGUUGACCAGGACACACAAUGAGUUGACCAGGACACACAAUGAGUUGACCAGGACACACAAUGAGUUGACCAGGACACACAAUGAGUUGACCAGGACACACAAUGAGUUGACCAGGACACACAAUGAGUUGACCAGGACACACAAUGAGUUGACCAGGACACACAAUGAGUUGACCAGGACACACAAUGAGUUGACCAGGACACACAAUGAGUUGACCAGGACACACAAUGAGGACACACAAUGAGUUGACCAGGACACACAAUGAGUUGACCAGGACACACAAUGAGUUGACCAGGACACACAAUGAGUUGACCAGGACACACAAUGAGUUGACCAGGACACACAAUGAGUUGACCAGGACACACAAUGAGUUGACCAGGACACACAAUGAGUUGACCAGGACACACAAUGAGUUGACCAGGACACACAAUGAGUUGACCAGGACACACAAUGAGUUGACCAGGACACACAAUGAGUUGACCAGGAGGACACACAAUGAGUUGACCAGGACACACAAUGAGUUGACCAGGACACACAAUGAGUUGACCAGGACACACAAUGAGUUGACCAGGACACACAAUGAGUUGACCAGGACACACAAUGAGUUGACCAGGACACACAAUGAGUUGACCAGGACACACAAUGAGUUGACCAGGAUACACAAUGAGUUGACCAGGACACACAAUGAGUUGACCAGGACACACAAUGAGUUGACCAGGACACACAAUGAGUUGACCAGGACACACAAUGAGGACACACAAUGAGGACACACAAUGAGGACACACAAUGAGUUGACCAGGACACACAAUGAGUUGACCAGGACACACAAUGAGUUGACCAGGACACACAAUGAGUUGACCAGGACACACAAUGAGGACACACAAUGAGUUGACCAGGACACACAAUGAGUUGACCAGGAUACACAAUGAGUUGACCAGGACACACAAUGAGUUGACCAGGACACACAAUGAGUUGACCAGGAUACACAAUGAGUUGACCAGGACACACAAUGAGGACACACAAUGAGUUGACCAGGACACACAAUGAGUUGACCAGGACACAAUGAGUUGACCAGGACACACAAUGAGUUGACCAGGACAUACAAUGAGGACACACAAUGAGUUGACCAGGACACACAAUGAGUUGACCAGGACACACAAUGAGGACACACAAUGAGUUGACCAGGACACACAAUGAGUUGACCAGGACACACAAUGAGGACACACAAUGAGUUGACCAGGACACACAAUGAGUUGACCAGGACACACAAUGAGUUGACCAGGACACACAAUGAGGACACACAAUGAGUUGACCAGGACACACAAUGAGUUGACCAGGACACACAAUGAGGACACACAAUGAGUUGACCAGGACACACAAUGAGUUGACCAGGACACACAAUGAGGACACACAAUGAGUUGACCAGGACACACAAUGAGUUGACCAGGACACACAAUGAGUUGACCAGGACACACAAUGAGUUGACCAGGACACACAAUGAGUUGACCAGGACACACAAUGAGUUGACCAGGACACACGAUGUUGGAUAAAAAAAAUUCCAAGACGUUUUAAGGAGUGUUCUAGUUUCAAAUACACCUUUUUGACACAAGUAUUAUACAAGAUGUUUGGUUUUAUCAUUAUGGACAUUUAGAUGUUUGGUUUUAUCAUUAUGGACAUUUAGAUGUUUGGUUGUUCAACACAUGUGAUCAGAUCAAUAGAAGUAAUUUUCUAAGUGUUUUAUAAAUCCACGUUUUUGUGUUAUUUAAAUGUUUUAUAAUGAUAUGAUUGACUUAUGUUACUGAGCCAUAUAAUCUUAUGCUUGUCAUAUUUUAUAAGAGAUGUUUGUUAGUUACUUCCACCUUGAUGGACACAAACGGCGUGUUCAGCUAUGAGAAUAGGAUGAGUUUUUGUAUUUGUUUUGUUCCCAGUUAAAGCACUUCUGAAGAACACUCGUUUUAAUGACAAAUCAUUUGAAGGAUUUUUUUUUAUUUUAAUUUUUAUAAACAUGUCAUUUUAUAGGGGAAUAAAGUUUCUUACUGUG